AACUCCAAGAAUUAUGAUGAUUAUACACGUAUACUGAAGGUCAUCACAGACAUGUUCCUGCCUCAUAUUGAUUUGUCUGAGCUGGAAGAUGAGUGCUUCUCCAAGAUCGUACCAAAGGUGGGGACCAUGUUUGAAAGCAUGGUCAAAGAACUCGUGGACCAAGUAGGAGGGCUGUCCAGUCAAAACACUGAGCUGGUUGCCUUACUAAGAAGCAUUCUGCAGGCAAUGGUGCAGAUAAUUGAUGCCCUAUCCACUUGUGUGCGUCACAUUGGCACAUUUGAGGAAGUCCCUGACUUCUAUGCCAUCCGCUCGUUACCGCCUUGUAUCAUGAAAGUUCUGAGCGAAACCUUUCAGCACUACAAGGAGAGGAAGGUGGUUUACCGUGGCCAUCUGUUCCUGGUGGAGGACCUGCUGGACGGACUCUUCAAUGAGGCUUGCUCCCUCCAGAAGGGUCUGCUGGAGAAGAUGUACAGCAUCUUCCAGGACUCCUUCGGUGGCGACAGUGUUCCUGACCCGCCGGUGACUGCUGUCAUGUCCCAGACAAAAAAUUAUACUUUGGACUAA